CCCAGGCCCGAGGCAGCCGGGCCUCAGCUGCGGACUCGUCCACCUCCCCUGUGGCUCCAUUGGCGCUGGCCCCGCAAGGGUGGGCUCCAUUGGCUGCCCGGCUGGCACUGCCAUCCCCUCGGAGCCUGGUGACAGCCGGAGGUAAACAGCCAUGUGCAAUCGUUCACUCUGUAUUUAACAGCUGCUACAGAGAAGGCAGGGAGGCAAAGCCACGCUGGUGGCUCUUGUUCGGGGACAAGGCCCUCGGACCUAGGCUGGCAUCGGCCUUCUCAGAGUGAGCGAGGUCACCAUGCCAGUUUCCCAGAGUCGGGCUCGUGCCCGGGACCGCAACAAUGUCCUCAACCGAGCUGAGUUCCUGUCCCUGAACCAGCCCCCCAAAGGGACCCCGGAGCCCCGAAGCUCGGGCAGGAAGGCCUCAGGGCCCUCGACACAGCCCCCACCCUCUGCCGAUGGGACUCGGGAGCGUCGCCAGUCACAGCAGCUGCCCGAGGAAGACUGCAUGCAGCUGAACCCGUCGUUCAAGGGCAUCGCCUUCAACUCCCUGCUGGCCAUUGAUAUCUGCAUGUCCAAGCGACUGGGGGUGUGUGCUGGCCGGGCUGCGUCCUGGGCCAGCGCCCGCUCCAUGGUCAAGCUCAUUGGCAUCACAGGCCAUGGCAUCCCCUGGAUCGGGGGCACCAUCCUCUGCCUGGUAAGGAGCAGCACACUGGCCGGCCAGGAGGUACUCAUGAACCUGCUGCUAGCUCUACUCCUUGACAUCAUGACGGUGGCCGGUGUCCAAAAGCUCAUCAAGCGACGUGGCCCUUACGAGACAAGUCCGGGGCUCCUGGACUACCUCACCAUGGACAUCUAUGCCUUCCCUGCCGGCCAUGCCAGCCGUGCUGCCAUGGUGUCCAAGUUCUUCCUGAGCCACCUGGUGCUGGCCGUGCCCCUGCGCAUACUGCUGGUGCUCUGGGCCUUCUGCGUGGGCCUGUCUCGUGUGAUGAUUGGACGCCACCACAUCACAGACGUCAUCUCGGGCUUCAUCAUCGGCUACUUCCAGUUCCGCCUGGUGGAACUUGUGUGGAUGUCUUCCAACACCUGUCAGAUGCUUAUCUCCGCCUGGUGAGCAUCUUGCUACCCUCCCAGGCUCUGGGCAGCGCUGGCCCCAGAGAGGCGGCUAGAGGAUUGUCAGUGGGGUCGGUCUGAAUGGGCAGACCCACCCUGACUAAACUUCCCCAUCCUGGUUGGAGGCUGGUGACCUCAUCCAGUCUGAGUGACUGGCAUGUUGGUACUGUGGGGCCUCAUGUCUCUUUCGCUUGAACUCAUUGUCCUCUGAGGCAGCCAGGGUGACUCAAACGGGGAAGUCCCUCUAAGCCUCCAUUCCUGGACACCACAGAUAAGAACAAGAUGGCUGCGGGAGGGGGCAGAGCCUUGUCUUGUCCCCUUAUGGCUGCCAUAGCUUUCUUCUUCUCUACCACACACCUCAGCACCAAGCUCAGCAAAAUCCUCCAACCUCCUAACCCAACACAGGGGCCAAUCCAGCAAUGGUCACUGACAGCUUAGGGCAGCAUGUCCCAAAGGAUGCUCAGAGGCCCCAGCCUGCAAGAUGCUUCCGGAGGGAGGAGGGUUGUAGUCCAAUACAUCUGGGAAGUGCUGCACACUCAGCUCCCACGAUGGAUGUUCAUAAGGGCUUAAUUGUUGUAGAGGCUCUGAAAAGUCCUCUAGAAAAGCCAGCUGUUCGAGCCAUUUAAUUCCGAGUUUCCUAAAGUUAUUUGACCACAGGACUCUUCUCCAGGAAUAGCUAUUAACCCACCAGGAAGCUCGUGAUUUGAGAGAAUUGCUGCCCAGGAGCUAAAGAGUUUGGGACAUGAGCUGGCCUCUCCCAGCACCCAGCUGCAGAGCCUAGGGAGAGCCAGGUGUCUACACUAGGACCCACAGAAGGCAUCUGCCAUGGUGUGUGGGCAUUGGCAUGGCUUUGGCCCCCAGGGGCCGGACUCUGUGUGGCCUAAUAGGUCAUUUCCAAGUCAGCAAGUUAUGAAUGCCCAUUUCACAUGACAAUACAAUUUUAUGCAAAGGGA